UCAAACUUCGUGUUUUUCCGCCAUUUGAGACAGCGCCGAAAGGGAGACGCACAGUGAGACUAGAUGGAGAUGACAAGCCCUCCGACAUGUCCGGGCACGGUGACUGUUCGGAGAAACCCUCCCCGGAAGGCGAGGGCUACCCCUUCCACAAACGCUCCCCAAAUGCCAUUAGUCCCUUCGUCUUCCUCAGCAACCACGCGAGCUAUUCCAUCAUUUCCGAUUCAGGACAUUCUUUCAAUGGAAAUCCCCGAAAAGCCCCGAAAUCCGCCUCAACCAGAGCCCUCAUCCUCGUCCCCCAAAGGCCCAAUCUCCGAUACCCUCAAAGUCUACCUCAGAAUUCGGCCCCUUUUGCCGCCCAAGCCUUCGGGCCGAAACGGCAGCGUUAGGGACCCGAUCCCUAGGUCGAGAGCCAAGAACGCGUGGCCCCAGAACCCGGCGAAGAAGACCGAGUCGAGGGACAAGAACGCGAAGAAGAAGAACAGCGGUGAAGCUUGUGUGACCGUCAGUGAUUCUCACUCUGUGACACUAUCGCCGCCCAUAGCCCUACAAGAAUCGAAGCGGAUCAAGUCUGAGGUUUACGAUGGGUUCUCCCAUGUGUUCCCGCCCGAAUCGUCUCAGGGUGAAGUCUACGAGAGAAUGGUGAGGCCUCUGGUGGAGGAUUUUCUGAAGGGUAAAAGUGGAAUGCUUGCCGCAUUGGGUCCUAGUGGCUCUGGCAAGACUCACACCGUCUUUGGGAGUACCAGGGAACCUGGUAUGGUACCGCUUGCGCUUCAACAGAUCUUCAAUCAGUCUGAGGGAAGUUCCAAGUCGUCGAGGUCAUUUUCUAUAUCUAUUUUUGAAAUAUAUUCUGAGCGAGGGAAAGGAGAGAAGGUAUGCGAUUUGUCACUGGAGGGAACCGAAUUGAGCAUGCAGCAAUCAACUAUAAGAGGCAUUCAAGAGGUUGUUGUUUCUGACGCUGGACAGGCAGAAUCUUUAAUAGCUUGUGCUAUGUCAAAACGUGCCACAGGAAUGACGAAUGCAAACAUCCAGUCAAGCCGGUCGCAGUGCAUCAUUAACAUUAGCAGUGUUGCUUACAAGGUUGGUGAAGUUGAUAACAAUGCUGUCUUAACUAUUGUUGACCUUGCUGGAGCUGAAAGAGAAAAAAGGACUGGAAAUCAGGGGGCAAGAUUGCUUGAAAGUAAUUUUAUCAACAAUACAUCAAUGGUUUUUGGCCUAUGCCUACGAUCAUUGUUGGAGCACCAAAAGAACCCCAAGAAGCCAUUGCAGAAGCACUUCCAGAACUCAUUGUUAACCAAAUAUCUACGAGAUUAUUUGGAAGGCAAGAAGCGGAUGGCAUUGAUUUUAACAAUUAGAGCAGGAACAGAAGACUAUCUCGAUACAUCCUACCUGCUAAAACAAGCUUCACCAUACAUGAAAAUCAAAUUUAAUAAUAAUGCGGAGUCUUCCAUCAUGCAUUGUAACAAGAGGCAUUUCCAAGCAUUGUCUACAGUUGAACAGCCGAAAAGAAUGAAAGUUGGUGGCCUUGAAGCUUGUGUGUUUGAAGAAGGAAAGAGCAUUGGAGAUGAACGCAAGCUUUCUAAGGAAGAAGCCUCAAGAAUUUGCAGAUUGGAUGUUAGUGAAACUGCAACCAAAAAGUCAGACUUUGUUGACUUGGCAGAGAAAGAGAGAAACCAUCAGAUAAUGCAGAAUUUUUCUAAAGCUAUAUGGAAUGUCUUGAAGCAAUAUAAACAAAAACUCAAGGUGGCAGAGAGUGAAAUCCAGAGUCUCAAAGAAAACCUCAGCAAUGAAAAGACUAGAUCUCUUGAGCUAGGAAAAGAGCUGGAGGAUUUGAAGUCCUGCUGUACUUGUUCCGAGGGACUUCGUAAGGAUGCCUCCUUAGUUAAAGUAUACACUAGUUCUGAAUCCAAAGUAGACUUAAAGGGAUGUGGAUCUAGUAAUAUUGAUGAGAAAGAUGUGGAUCUUCAUUCUUCCGACCUCAAGGCAUCUUACUGCAGUAGCACUCUGGAAAAGUGUGACUCCUCGCCAAGAGAGGAUAAAGAUAUGCUCUCUCAGGUGAGUACCUCUGAUGUUGAUGCGGUCAAUCCUUCAUGCUUUUGUGUUGAAAACUCCGACCAGCAAAAUUUUCAGAUAGGUGAUAUCUAUCUUGGGAAUGGACACAACACAGAGGGUUUAAAUGAAUAUUCGGGAAUCGAGGAUAAUUAUUCAAAUGCUGAAGUAACAGGCUAUUCGCAGUCACAUGGCAUGGUUAGAAAUGACAGCUGCUCAUCAGUGGAGCUGGACCAGCUGCUUACCGAGGAGGAUGAGAAAUCUUUGCAACUGCCACCAUCUCCUAAGGACGAUGUCGCACUUACCCAAGGAUGCAGCAUUGUUGAUGUGCCAGAGAGUCAACCAAUAUUUGAUGCUUCCUGUAAAGAUUUGAAUUUUGAGAAAUUACGUAGGAAACUGUUGCCUGUCUCAUCCACAUUACCAAGGGAUUGCAGCACAUUGGACGUUGAGGAUGGGAUAACAGAGCCAACGGAAUUGUUGGAUCCACCUCAAUCACAAGAGGAAGAUGUUACGUUUACCAAAGUAUCCGAAGUUGUUGAUGUGCCAGAUAUUGAACCAAGAGUUGAUCUUUCCUGCAAAGCAGGGAAACCAAAAAGGAGACUCGCGCCUGCCUCAUCCAUAUUGCUCAGGGAUUUCAGUGCUUUGGACGUCGAAGACGAUGCUGAGAAACCAAAGGGAAAUCGAGGUGGAAGGAAAUUGGCUGCAGAUGAUAGAAAAACAACUCAGGGCAGAAUCGCUCUCCUGCGUUUACUUAAGAGAGAUCUUCACAUCUAAUAUAGCAACCCUUUUACCCAAGCUGAAAAGGUAAAAUUUUUUCUUUCAGCUAGGAUUGUACAGACUUUUUGUAUAGGCGGGUGCUUUCACUUUUUUGGGCACCUAUAUCUCUAAAUUAAGAAACGGGUAUAUGCAACUCGUGUUGACGUGCCAUUUCAAACAGCGAGAGCGGCAAUGGGUUACUCGAAGCUCCGACUAUAAUUACCGAAUGCUUGUCAUUGUGACGGGCUCAAAUUGCUUAUGGAAUGUGCAUCUUUAGUGGGUUUUCGGUAAUUUACAUCCACAACAGUUACCAUUAUUGUUCCAAGU